AUGCUGACUGAUAUUGGUAUAGACUGCCAAAAGCGUGACUGGGCCAAGCACAAGUCUUUCUGCAAGGCCCUUGAGCAAUUGGAAGCGAAGGGGCCUUCGUCGACUACAGUACUGCUUGGUGAUGAGGAUAUGGGGCCAGGCGAGUCCAGUCUAAACGCGUUUGCGUAUUGCUGCAUGCUCGAAGACGUGGACACUCUGCGAUCCAUCCUCGGACGAGAACUUACCAUCCCCGAGCGAAACAUGCUCGGGUGGGAGCCUCGAUGCGCUACCUGUGCCUCGACUGAGAGGAUGCUUCGUGCUCGUCAAAGUCAGCUUCCGGGUGCUUCCAACCAAGGCAAUACAGGCUCGGGAGCGGCAAGCUUCCUCGAGCCAUGCCCGACGUGUCGCACAACCUUUUUCUGCUCAAGAGAGCACCAAAAACUUGCGCAACAAUUUCACAAUGGUGUGAAGACCUCCACGGCUUGCGGAAAUCUCACACAAUGCCAGGCCAACCAACUGAUCAGGGAAGAUGUUCGACUCUCCUCUGCCCUAAAGGACGCGCCUCGAGGUCUUCUGGUCUGGGCACCUGAGCGUACCAAGACGCAAUGGGAGUCGUUCAAAGGGAGUACGUGGAAGCAGGAGUUCCUGGCGGAAGUUCAGAAGGGCAUUCCACUUCCGCGAGGAAUGACCAUCGCCUCAUUCCUUCACACUUUCAGUGAGGGACUUUCAAUCCCGAUGACUAUCCUCCACGCCCUCGACACCUUGAACGGCGAGAACACGGACUGGACUCGGAAACACAAGCUGGUGAUCCACGUACUCGGAGCGGCACGGCUGGAAAUCCAGAACGGCAUGGUCUUCGAGGAGGUUGUCCAUCGCCUCCCACAGUUGAAAGAAAUGGAGGUUGUCAUGUAUGGCCCCGAGCUGCAGCAGCUCAUUGCCAUGGAUGGAGACAGGGUGUCUAUGAAUAUGGACACUUGCCCGCUUUACCAUUCGGAUGUCACCCACUCGUCUCCAAAGCCUGACCUUGCUAUUGCAUUUGACGCCGGGGUAGCUGCGCAUCAGGACCUCUGGAAGCCGACCAUCAAGCUUCUCGUCGAGCAAGAGAUUCCAUCUGUCUUUACUUCAUUCAACGAAGAGGAAGCCCAACAUGAUUCUGCUUUCUUCGUCGAUGCCGGCGCGUCGCUGGUUGAUGGUCUCGGACCAACUCCCAAUCCUUGGGGAAGUAUGCUGUUGAAAACGGAGCCAGGUCGGUUGCACGGGUUUUACUCCGUUAAUGGUUGGCUGUCGGGAGGAUGGAAGGGCCGAAAAUAA